AUGUCACUUGCUGAUCAGCUGUUCACCUCAGUAGCUGUCAAAGGGGAGAAACACAGGGAGAGGCCAUAUUCAGUGCACUCUGAGAACUCAGGCCAAGACAUAAGUGAAAUUGGAAUUAAUGUUCUUCAAAAUAAGCAGUUUUCAGUUCGUCACUCUAAAGUUAAAGUUAACACUGACAAAAUAUCAACACCUAUUAACGUAACGAUAGAUAGUGCUUUAAGGAGUCUCACAGGAAUAAACAAUUUGGAAAUCUCUGAAUACAUACGCAAAUUAAAUGCAGUUGACGGAGUGGAUUUGCAGAAGGAGUACAUCGGAGUUUACGAGCUGGUAAUAAAAGUUGCGCUGCCCAUAAUGGCGAGAUGCAGGCGAGUGCCUGGCACAGACACCGUCUGGGCCGCGCGGUUCAAAUUGGAUAACGCAGUGGGGGUUCAGCUGAAUGGUUAA